CAAAAAAAUUUUAAAUUAAAUUUCCUAAAAGCCUCGCGCAUGUUUUCAGGGGAAAAAAAGGAGCAUAUUGAGGUCAGAGGAAAGCGUUGCCAGGGCGACACUGCGGCGCGCGCGUCACACGCCGGUGGAAAGGGGGAGGGGGGAGGAAGCGCGCGCUCGCGAGGCAGCAUCAGCAUCAAACAGCCGGAGCUCCGCGCGCUGUGUGCCCGCGAGGUGGUCCACGUCGCACCGAGGCGCUCUCCCCUCUCCGACGGAGCUUCCUGUGGAUUUAUCGUCGACUUUUAACCGAGAAAAGGGCGUAAAAAUAAAAACAACAACAAUAAAAAAAAAAAAAAAAAAAAAAACGGCGCGCGCUGACCUGAUCCAGCACAGGUGAUUCCACUUGCUCCAGGAUGGAGUUCCCGCGUCGCUGAAAGCAGGAAUUCUGCUUCAAAAUGGAUGUUUAAAGUGAUGGACUGCCCUGCUGGGAUGGACCGAACCGAGCCGAGCCUGUCAGUCCGGAUAUAUGUGGUGUCUAAUCCCGUCUCACCUGCUGUUGGAUUGAACGAGCUGUCCGGGGAGGCGCUUUAACACAAAUGAUCAUAAAUCUGGACUGAGCUCUUCUUUUUUUUUAAAAACAUGUUUUUAUUUUUGUUUUUCCUGCUUUGACUCUUUGAUCCAGUGGAAGGUUUAGAGAAGGACUUUAAAAAAAAAGAGGACAGUCUGAGGAAGAGGAGCCCAGUGGGAGGCAGACUGAUCACACACUAACAGAGUUUGUCAUCAAUCCAAUUAUCUGGAUAAGAGAAGACGGAUCAGAAUGGAACGCAACAGAAUCGUGGUUAGGAAAGAGUUUUGGAUCGCUGUUGAUUGGGUUCAUCAUUGACCUGGUCUCCAAAUCAAGACCCGACCCCCUUUUUUCCGAAAUCCCAACAACCCAACUGUUCCCGUUUUACCUUCUUUCUGGUCUUGACCACCAACAGUCCACCUGAUUUGUGGUUUUAUCUUGUUAUGCUGUAUUUUCCUGGUUGUUGGACCUCAUUGUUUCAGAAAGAACAAACAAGAGGCUGAGCAGCAUGACCUCAGCCACGGACCCCCAACCCUUGACUCUAAGAAAACAAAGCCGGCAGGUUUUGUUGUCCAGGACACGCUCUUUCAGUUUUGUGACAGACUGGUGCCUCAUGAGUGUUCUAGGCCUCAUCUUGUUUAUUAGCCUGGCCUCGUGCCAAAGGAUGGAUCCGUCCAAGCACCCCAUCGUCAGCACCAACUACGGGAAGCUCCGCGGCAUCAAGAAGGACCUGAACAACGAGAUCCUGGGCCCAGUGGAGCAGUACCUGGGAGUGCCGUACGCCACGGCGCCCAUCGGGGACCGCCGCUUUCAGCCGCCCGAAGCGCCGGGAUCCUGGCAGGAGAUCCGCAACGCCACCCAGUUCGCCCCCGUCUGCCCUCAGAACGUCCACGGGGUGCUGCCCGAGAUCAUGCUGCCCGUCUGGUUCACGGACAACCUGGACGUGGCGGCGGGAUACAUCCAGAACCAGAGCGAGGACUGCCUUUACCUCAACGUCUACGUGCCCACGGAGGAUGGUCCGCUCACAAAAAAAACUGAUGAAUCUUCAAUGAACAAGCCUCGAGACGAAGACAUCCGUGACCGCAGGAAGAAACCCGUCAUGCUGUUUAUCCACGGCGGCUCCUACAUGGAAGGCACGGGGAACAUGUUCGACGCCAGCGUCCUCGCCGCCUACGGCAACGUGAUCGUGGUGACCAUGAACUACCGCCUCGGCGUGCUCGGCUUCCUCAGUACUGGAGACCAGUCUGCCAAGGGGAACUACGGCCUGCUGGACCAGAUCCAGGCUCUGCGUUGGCUCAACGAGAACAUCGGUCACUUCGGCGGAGACCCAGAGAGGAUCACCAUCUUUGGCUCCGGAGCAGGAGCUUCCUGUGUCAACCUGCUCAUCCUGUCGCAUCACUCAGAGGGUCUGUUCCACAGAGCCAUCGCUCAGAGCGGCACGGCCAUCUCCAGCUGGUCCGUCAACUACCAGCCCCUCAAGUACACCAAGAUCCUGGCCCGGAAGGUGGGCUGCACCUACUCCGAGACGGCGGACCUCGUCGACUGCCUGAGACGCAAGACCUUCAGGGAGCUGGUGGACCAGGACAUCCAGCCGGCCCGCUACCACAUCGCCUUUGGUCCCGUGGUGGAUGGAGACGUGGUCCCUGACGAUCCUGAGAUCCUCAUGCAGCAGGGGGAGUUCCUCAACUAUGAUAUCCUGAUCGGCGUGAACCAAGGUGAAGGACUGAAGUUUGUGGAUGACAGCGAGGACAACGAUGGCAUAUCUGCUGCAGCUUUUGAUUACACCAUCUCUAACUUUGUGGACAACCUUUAUGGAUAUCCUGAGGGUAAAGACAUCCUGAGGGAGACCAUCAAGUUCAUGUACACAGACUGGGCCGACAGGGACAAUGGAGACAUGAGAAGGAAGACCCUGCUAGCUCUGUUCACAGACCACCAGUGGGUGGCGCCGGCAGUGGCCACGGCCAAACUCCACGCUGAAUUUCAGUCCCCGGUUUAUUUCUACACGUUCUACCACCACUGCCAGACCGAGACGCGACCAGAAUGGGCCGACGCGGCGCAUGGAGACGAAAUACCAUACGUAUUCGGCGUGCCGAUGAUCGGUGCCACGGAUCUGUUCCCGUGCAACUUCUCCAAGAACGAUGUGAUGCUGAGCGCUGUGGUCAUGACAUACUGGACCAACUUUGCCAAAACUGGUGAUCCCAACCUGCCUGUCCCUCAGGACACCAAGUUCAUUCACACCAAGCCCAACCGCUUUGAAGAGGUGAUCUGGACAAAGUUUAACCCGAAGGACAAACAGUAUCUCCACAUCGGCUUAAAGCCUCGUGUUAGGGACAACUACAGGGCCAACAAGGUGGCCUUCUGGCUAGAACUAGUCCCCCAUCUUCAUAGUCUACGUGACCCACCCGUCAUCACUACCCGUCUGCCACCUGGUCCAGGCCCAGGCCCUGGCACCAACAGACCCUGGCCCAGGACUCCUAGACCGACUCGUCACCCCUACCCAACCUUCCCUUCUGAACCAGAGCCCGAGGGCUCGGAGCGUCCACCUCAGGACCUGUUCCCUGGAGACACUCGAGACUACUCCACGGAGUUGAGUGUGACGGUUGCAGUAGGAGCCUCUCUGCUCUUCCUCAACAUCUUGGCCUUUGCUGCUCUUUACUACAAGCGCGACAAGCGGCACGAGAUGCGACGGCACCGGCUGUCUCCUCAGCGAGGCGUGCCGGCCAACGAUCUGGCUCACAGCCAGGAGGAGGAGAUCAUGUCCCUGCAGAUGAAGCACUCGGAGCACGACGCUCACCACGACAUGGAGCCCCUCCGACCGCACGACAUCCUGCGGCCCGCCUGUCCGCCCGACUACACGCUGGCGCUGCGCCGCGCUCCGGACGACGUGCCGCUGAUGACUCCCAACACCAUCACCAUGAUCCCCAGCACCAUCACCAGCAUGCAGCCUCUCCAUGCCUUCAAUACCUUCCCCUCCACCGGCCACAACAACACCCUGCCCCACCCCCACUCCACCACCAGGGAACUCCACCACCUCCAUCUCGUGCUGUGCAACUUAGCAGGACCCUCCACAGWUGGUGAGCGGAGACAGAGAAGAACUGCAGAGGAGCAGACCAUCGGUUCCGAGCCUUGUUCCUCUCAUUUAACUCGUGAGUCUCUCUCUUCUUGAUGCUCGUUUGCUCUGGGCGUCCUGAGGUGUCGGAGGGAGGGAAUCACACAGCUAAGAAACAUCAGUCACUUCAUUCUACCAGCAUUCUUGGUGCCAACUAUGUACUGGUGUGUUUGCUUUCUCAUCAAGGGAAAAAAAAAUCUAGAAAGUCUUAUUUAGUGUCAACUAACAGAGGCUGUACGUUCUCAUGACCAAGUGCCAAACUGGCUGUCGAUUGUGGUUUUCGUUUCUUCACCUCGUUUGUUUUUGUUUUUUUCAGAUAUCGGCUUAAAUGUUUUAUUGUGGAAAGAUUUAUUUUGCUGGAAAUAUAGUUAUAGAGAAAUGAUACUAUAUAUAGUUCUAUAUAAAUGUGUACAAAGGAGAAAGUAUAUAAAAAGGGG